UUCUGGCAGAGAUACAACCACAUUCAAGCAAAGGAUAACCCACCCCCUCUAACUCGUUGCCACCUUCUUUCAUCUUUAAAACCUCAAUCUCCCCACCUCAUUUCUCCACCAAAUUAACAUCUACACAUAUUUUCAUCUUCCAUCUUUGGAUCAUGGCUGAUCUUUCACUCCCCGGCCAAGAUGGGCUUUCAAGAUCAAUUUCAGAAACCCCGCCAAACCAUUAUAUACUCAAGAUUCAGUCUUUUUCACAACUCACCAAACACAAAAUAGACAGGUACAACUCUACUGAUUUCGAAGCUGGAGGCUACAAGUGGAAGCUGGUUCUUCACCCCAAUGGAAACAAAAACAAAGGCAUCUCCGACCAUAUUUCCGUUUACUUGCUCAUUGCCGAAUCAAAUUCGCUUGUUCUGGGUUGGCAAAUCAGAGCUAUAUUCCGCCUUUUUCUGCUUGAUCAGAACAAAGACACCUACUUAACUCUUCAAGACAUAGCAGAAAAUGGCAGACGGUUUCACCAGAUGAAACCUGAAUGGGGGUUCGAUAAGUUCAUACCUCACUCUGUGUUCAACGAUUCUGCCAAUGGAUAUCUGGUUAAUGACACCUGUGUAUUUGGAGCAGAGGUUUAUGUAUGCCAGGAAAAACUCAUCGGAAAAGGGGAGUGUCUCUCAAUGAUAAAGGAUGCAAUAACCUAUAAGAACACAUGGAGAGUCGAGUUCUCCAGCUUAACUGAUGAGUGUGUAGACUCCCAACCAUUCAAUGCUGCUGAUCAAAAAUGGAAGAUACAGCUCUACCCUAGGGGCAAAGGCAGUGGUGCUGGUAGCUACAUAUCUCUGUAUCUGACUUUAGCUGAACCAGAAAACUUACCUCCAGCAUCUAGAAUAUAUGCAGAAUUUACAUUGCGCAUUCUAGACCAACUUAAUCGCAACCACUACUUUGGAACCGCUAAUUAUUGGUUCAGUGCAUCACACUCAACAUGUGGUUGGCCAAGAUUCGUCUCGCAUGGGUAUUUUAAUCUGCCAACGGCAGGUUUGCUGGUGAAAAAUACAUGCCUUGUGGAAGCAGAAGUCAUUGUCCAUGGGAUGGCUAAUGGUUUAUGAGCAUUGUCUGGCUAAUCCUCAUAGCAGUCCACAUGUACAUUUAUCAGGACAGUGUAUUCAUAUUGUUUCAUUUGUACCUACAUUGAUGAUUAAACAGAUGCAUUGAUACACCGUUUAGUAUAAAGUCUUUGAAACGAAAUAAAUGGAAAAUCCAACAA